GAAAGACUGAGUCCAGUCUGUUAGACUGAGAGGACGGAGCACAUACAUGAGGCAACAUAAAAAACACACUUCCAGCCUGAGACCGGUUGCGACUGCGCGGAUGGAGCCGCGCGGCUCGCCGUAGGGGCGCGGGGCAUUGUGGCCUCGACCAAGAUGGCGUCCUCCGUUCGGGCGGAAUGAGGGGCCGCCGACCGGGAUUUCGAGGCGGCCGUACCGGCACCGGUACCUCCUUGUCCGAAUAGACUGCGUCUCGCUGUCAGCUUUCACCACCCCUUUUCCCCCCCUCACUUCCCCCUCCACUUGCUCUUUCCAUCACCCCCCCCUUCUCCUGAGGUGGAGGUGGUUGAGGGGGGGGGGGAAGGGGGAGAGGUGUCAGACUCUGGUUGUACUGAGUGGAGCCGGGCCGCAGCAUGGCUGGAGCCAGCCUCCUGGAGGACCUGCUGGAGGAGGAGCAGGGCGACAUGACCGACUGGAACCUCCCGGUGGCUUUCGUAAAGAAGCGGCACUCGGAGAAAAUCGAGGGAUCCAAGGCGGUCACCCAGAGCUGGCGCAUGAAAGACCGGAUGAAAACUGUCAGUGUUGCCUUAGUUCUGUGCCUGAAUGUUGGUGUGGACCCCCCAGAUGUGGUGAAAACUACUCCCUGUGCUCGUUUGGAGUGUUGGAUAGAUCCACUGUCCAUGAGCCCACAAAAAGCAUUGGAAAGUAUUGGUGCUAAUUUACAGAAGCAGUAUGAGAAUUGGCAACCAAGGGCCAGAUAUAAGCAAAGCCUGGAUCCAACAGUGGAUGAAGUUAAAAAACUUUGCACGUCCCUGAGACGCAAUGCUAAAGAAGAGCGUGUGCUUUUCCAUUACAACGGACAUGGAGUGCCAAGACCAACAGUGAAUGGCGAAAUCUGGGUGUUCAAUAAGAAUUAUACCCAAUAUAUUCCACUUUCUAUAUAUGAUCUUCAGACUUGGAUGGGAAGCCCCUCAAUAUUUGUGUAUGACUGCUCAAAUGCUGGAAUCAUAGUGAAGUCAUUUAAGCAGUUUGCAUUGCAGAGGGAACAGGAGUUAGAGGUUGCAGCUAUCAAUCCAAAUCAUCCACUUGCACAGAUGCCUUUGCCACCAUCAAUGAAGAACUGUAUCCAGCUGGCUGCCUGUGAGGCCACUGAACUUCUGCCCAUGAAUCCGGAUUUACCAGCAGAUCUUUUCACUUCCUGCCUUACUACACCUAUCAAAAUAGCAUUGCGCUGGUUCUGUAUGCAAAGGAGUGCCAAACUGGUGCCUGGCGUUACACUGGACUUGAUAGAAAAAAUUCCAGGAAGACUUAAUGACAGGCGAACUCCCCUUGGAGAACUCAAUUGGAUUUUUACAGCCAUAACGGACACCAUAGCUUGGAAUGUAUUACCAAGAGAUCUCUUCCAAAAAUUAUUUAGGCAAGACUUGUUGGUUGCCAGUUUAUUCCGGAACUUUCUCUUGGCUGAAAGGAUCAUGAGGUCAUAUAACUGUACCCCUGUCAGUAGUCCUCGGCUGCCCCCAACAUACAUGCAUGCUAUGUGGCAAGCUUGGGACCUUGCAGUGGAUAUUUGCCUUUCACAGCUUCCUACCAUCAUUGAAGAGGGAACAGCUUUUCGGCAUAGCCCAUUCUUUGCUGAGCAGCUAACAGCGUUUCAGGUCUGGCUGACAAUGGGUGUUGAGAACAGGAAUCCACCAGAACAGCUGCCAAUCGUCUUGCAGGUGCUGCUUAGCCAGGUCCACCGGCUGCGAGCACUGGAUUUGUUGGGAAGAUUUUUAGAUUUGGGUCCCUGGGCCGUGAGUCUAGCAUUAUCUGUUGGUAUUUUCCCAUAUGUUUUGAAACUGCUUCAGAGUUCAGCUCGAGAAUUAAGGCCCCUCCUGGUUUUCAUUUGGGCAAAGAUCUUGGCUGUAGAUAGUUCUUGCCAGGCUGACUUGGUGAAGGACAAUGGUCACAAGUAUUUCCUUUCUGUUUUGGCAGACCCAUACAUGCCAGCUGAACAUCGAACAAUGGCUGCCUUUAUUUUAGCUGUCAUUGUUAAUAAUUAUAAUACAGGACAGGAAGCCUGUUUACAGGGAAAUCUAAUAGCGAUCUGCUUGGAACAACUGAAUGACCCCCAUCCUUUACUGCGGCAGUGGGUGGCUAUUUGUUUGGGGCGUAUCUGGCAGAACUUUGAUGCCGCUCGCUGGUGUGGUGUAAGAGACAUUGCACAUGAGAAAUUGUACAUUCUUCUCUCAGAUCCAAUACCAGAGGUGCGUUGCUCUGCUGUCUUUUCCUUGGGCACAUUCGUUGGGAACUCAGCAGAGAGAACUGACCAUUCCACCACUAUUGAUCACAAUGUAGCAAUGAUGCUGGCCCAGCUCAUAAAUGAUGGAAGCCCUGUUGUUAGAAAGGAAUUGGUUGUGGCUUUCAGUCAUCUUGUCAUUCAGUAUGAAAGUAAUUUCUGCACCGUGGCUUUGCAGUUCAUGGAAGAAGAAAAGAACUACCCACUUCCCUCCCCUGCUAGUGUGAUAGAACCUGGAAAUUUCACACCAGUGCGUGAUGGGCCAGCAACUCCAAGGCUUCGUUCAGUGAGUUCCUAUGGGAAUAUCCGUGCUGCUACUUCGGUGCGAAACUUGAAUAAAUCUCUUCAGAAUCUUAAUUUAAAUGAAGAAACCGGUGGUUCAAACCCAUUCUCUCCUGGCUAUCUAAGCACCAGCAGUAGUGCCAGUAGUACCCUGGGAAGCCCUGACAAUGAUGAGUACAUCCUUUCAUUUGAAACCAUAGAUAAAAUGAGGAGAGUCAGUUCCUACAGCUCCUUGAACUCAUUAAUAGGUGUAUCAUUCAACAGCGUCUACACCCAAAUUUGGCGUGUUUUGCUUCACCUGGCAGCAGAUCCUUUCCCAGAAGUCUCAGACCUCGCUAUGAAGGUGCUCAACAACACAGCUUACAAGGCUACGGUUAAUGCCCGACCACAACGUAUUCUAGAUUCCACAAAUCUCACGCAGUCUGCACCAGCCAGUCCUACCAGUAAAGGAACACACAUCCAUCAAGUUGGGGGUUCGCCUCCUAUACCCAGCACUAGUAGUUCCAGUCUAACCAAUGAUGUGAGCAAACAGACGGGACCUAGGGAUAUUUCAGCAGUACCACGGCCAGGAACUGGUGCCACUGGGGGGUCGCAGUACACUCCACAUUCUCAUCAGUUUUCUCGAACACGAAAGAUGUUUGAUAAAGGUCCAGAUCAGACUGUUGAAGAUUCGGAAGAUGGAGUUGGGCACAAAAGUUUCAUGUCUCCAACUAUGCAAACAGGUUUCUGUGAUUGGAGUGCAAAGUAUUUUGCACAGCCAGUGAUGAAGAUUCCAGAGGAGCAUGAUGUUGAAAGCCUGGUUCGGAAGGAACGCGAAUGGAGAUUUCUACGCAAUGGGCGUGUUAGAAAACGAGCUGGUUGGAUUAUCGAGAAAGGUAUCACAAGAUUAGAUGACCAGAUCUUUAUAAACAGAAACCCAGGUGUCCCUUCUGUGGUGAAGUUUCAUCCGUUUACUCCAUGCAUAGCAGUGGCUGACAAAGACAGUAUAUGCUUUUGGGAUUGGGAGAAAGGAGAAAAACUCGACUAUUUCCACAAUGGGAAUCCCCGAUACACCCGGAUCACUGCAAUGGAAUACCUGAAUGGACAGGAUUUCUCUCUGCUUCUCUCUGCCACAGAUGAUGGAGCCAUUCGGGUUUGGAAGAAUUUUGCAGAUUUGGAAAAGAAUCCGGAGAUGGUGACUGCGUGGCAAGGGUUAUCUGACAUGCUCCCGACCACCAGAGGUGCUGGCAUGGUUGUAGACUGGGAACAGGAGACCGGUCUCUUAAUGACUUCGGGAGAUGUUCGCAUUAUUCGUAUCUGGGACACAGACCGAGAGACAAAAGUACAGGAUAUUCCAACUGGGGCAGACAGUUGUGUGACCAGUCUUUCCUGUGAUUCUACUCGUUCCCUAAUUGUCGGUGGCCUUGGAGAUGGCUCAGUCCGCAUCUACGAUAGGAGAAUGGCUCUGAGUGAAUGCCGUGUAAUGACUUACAGGGAACAUGCUGCAUGGGUGGUAAAAACCUAUCUGCAGAAGUCUCCUGAAGGCAAUAUCAUCACAGUGAGUGUAAAUGGAGAUGUGCGAUUUUUUGACCCACGGAUGCCUGAGUCAGUGAAAGUAAUUCAGACUGUAAAAGGAUUGACAGCGCUGGACUUUCAUCCACAAGCAAAUCUGUUUGCUUGUGGCUCCAUGAACCAGUUCAUAGCUGUAUAUAAUGCAAGUGGGGAUGUGAUAAGCAAUAUUAAAUACUAUGAUGGAUUUAUGGGGCAGAGGAUUGGAGCCAUUAGCUGCUUGGCUUUCCACCCGUAUUGGCCUCACUUAGCCGUUGGAAGCAACGACUACUACAUGUCUAUAUAUUCAGCAGAGAAGCGAAUUAGAUAACAAUGAAGCACACAGCCUUGCUUGUCCACUUUACCGAACUUGUGAUCGAUGCAGAUGCUGUAUAUUACUUCUAAUGUACAUAUAAAAUUAUUUACUUGAACGUCUGGUGACAGCUGCUGCAAGAUACGACUUGAACAACUUUCUCAUUAAAUAUUUCAGCUACUGUAGGACAAUUCACUGCAAUGGUCACGGUAUGUCUUGUUGUAAGGACAUGGCUGCCAAGCUUUUUUUUCCCCCCCGAGACGUGUCCAGACCUUAAAUUUUGUUUAUUUUUAUUUUUGUUUCUUUUGUGAAUUAGAUUUUAGCAUUCAAAUUAAUAUAAUUUACCCAGUCAAUACUGCCUGAGGAUGUUGUAACAACUGUGCAUAAAUUAUAAAUCCUAUCAGCUCCCUCGGUAGGCAAGUCUUCUGAAAAAGACUAAUAAAACCUUGGCUCACCAACCAUAUUAAAAUGCUAGUACCUACUCUGGUGGACUAUUAAAAAGCUCACAUCUUUGAUGUGGUGGUAUCCUUGUGAGCAUUAUUUUAUCCAUAAAUUGUAGCAGUUCCACACAAAAAAAUCAUGAUAUUCUGAAACAUUGUACAGACUUCUCUAUGAUUUGUUUUACUUCUUCCCUUUCUUGUGAUUUAAUUUUACAAAAUAAUUGCUAAUUGUAAUAGGAAAUUCAAAUCAAAUCGCACAAAUAACCAAUGAUGGAAAAGGAGACCUGAGCAGAAUCUGAGUGAUACACUCUCAUCUGUUGAAUGUAAAUAAAACCAUUAAAGGAAGUGGAAACUCGCCUGUGAAUGUUACUCUAGCGAUAAUUCUUGCACCCAGUCUUUGGACUGAUAUGAAGACUGAACGUUGAGACUAGUGUGAUAUUGUUGUUUGUUUGUCUUUAUAUUUUAAUGUAAAGCUGAUGCAGCGUGCAUAUUAUGAUCUGACAUUUAUAAAGCUAUGUAGUGGAAUAUUGUUUUAUUAUGUGCAUUAUUGAUUUAAAACAAAUUCAGCAUUGACUUUUUUAAAAACGAGGCAGUUAUAAUAUUAACACUAGGUAGGCAUUUGAUCACAAUCAAACUCAGCUCAUAUUUAAGUAAAAUAUUAAUUUUUAUGCUUUUUACAAUGCAGAAGAAAUAUUGGUUCUCAAGUUGCCCCCACAGUUUUAUCUUGGUUUUUGCUGCGUAAGUUGAGAGCAAUUUUGAGGAAAAUAAAACAUAGAAUUUGCUAUUUCACAUGUUCAUUGAGUGAAAGUUAAGGAGAGUGAAGGAUGUCUUUUUGAUUGCAAUCUGUAUGUAUAGUUUUGGAUGCCUUUGCAUGGAAAUAGAACUUAGAGUCUAAUCCACCCUUCGUGUAUUAUAAGCUGGUGUUUCUCAGCUGAACUACUGAAUGAAAUUGGUUUGAUGUGGGGGGUCUUUCAACAGAAACCAAAGCUUAAUUAUAGUGGCAUGCUUUCAGGUUACUCAUGAAUUCAGAAACACAUCUAUAUUAUCAUUUCAGAAAUUAAAGACUCAAUAGUUGGAAAAAGCUUUUUAUUUAAAUCAUAUCUGGCUUCAUUCUGAUGCUGUUAAAAUACGUACUGUGUUUAAUCCAGUAACUGUUUCCUGACAUAAAAAGUCAGCGCAGUUAAAAUUUUUUGCAUUGACAACUAACUGAAAUAAGAUAACUGUGUCUUGCAAAAUAUACUGGAAUCCAAAACACAUGCAUCAAAUUUGAUUCUUUGCUCUCAAGUAAUGUGGAAAAUCUUUAGUUUCACUCAAAUACAUUCUAUCACCUUUUUACAUUGAAAGCACAAAAUUAUAAAUGAAAAUAAAUUGGAUAAAUAUAAAAAAUACACCUGCAUAGAUUGAAUAUCCAUAUACGAGCUGUAUCUAUGCAAAUGAUUUGGAGUUGGCUCAAGUAUUUUUCUCACUGGAAUCUGCUGACCUUUCAUUCAAGCUAAAAUGGAAUACCUCAGUCUGAGUGCUAUUUAGCAACCAUAAACUACUCAUUGAAUAAUUUAGCUAUUUUGUUUGUAGCAUUCUUGUUGUCAGCGUGUGCUGCAAAUUAGAGCGCAGUGCUUAGGAGCAUUCAAGGUUUCAGUCUUUGUGCAUAGUGUAGAACCUUGGGGAGGACCUGAUAUUUAAAGGUACGUUCCCAUUCACUUUUACAUUGCUGAAUUUGCAACUAAUUGAUUUUGGAUUAUCAGUAAACAACACAGUACCUACAGAUCAGCAUUUUCUAGUCUUUUGACCUGUUGGAUCAUAAGCAAGAUAAAUUAGCAAGAAAAAAAAAUUAUUGCAAAUAGGAGCUCCUUUAUCUUGACAUUUGUAAGUUGGAUUUCAAAUCUUUAGCCCCACAGAUCUUUCACAGGCCAUAGUUUAAACAUCCCUGGUUUGUACCAAAUGCAUUUUGAUUGCAGAUUUCUUUGGCAUUUAUUUGAUUUCUGCCUCUAAAGACCCUGUGUUGAGAAGUUGUUGAUGUAAUUCUCUUUUAACUGAGGCAGUGACUUAUGUUCAGGCUUUAGAUGACAAUUCAUAUGUUACCUACAGUCUGAUAUAACACAAUCCUAAGGAGAAAAUAGGACAGAGUUGUGACAAAAAUUCAAAAUGUAUAAAACUUCUUCUCCCUUUGGAACUCUUCUAUCAAAUAGUUAUCGAAAUCUAUUACAACUUAGUGAAGUGUACUGUGUUUCCAGAUGUGUUUCAAAGCGUAAUCUUCAUGACAACUCACUCCACAUAGUUGUGAAAAAUAAUUUUCCACAUGUUCUCUUUUGCAAUUUAGUUUCUUUAAAGAAAAACCUCUGGAAAUUACAUUGUGUGGUUCCCACUGGGUUGAAUUAAUUUCUUCUUUUUAAAUACCUGCCUGCAUUCUGAGAAUAAAUUGUUGUAACCCCAAAUCCUUCAAUACUAGGAUGUAGCUGCAAAUACAUUUUUUGUCAUCUUCCUUUGGCUUCUUCAAUAUGUUGUUUUUACUUAUGUAAUUAAAAUCAACUCAAAUAUUUCCAGUCAGGAUUUAGACUGCAUCUUCUACAGUCAAAGGUAUGGUUCCUUAAAUGAUGAAUAAUGUCUUUUAUUUGGCAGUUGAAAUCAAAUUGGCAGCUUUCUAAGAAAUAACUUUUGAACAAAUUUUGACAAGAACAUUUGCAUAUUUUCAUAUUUGUUUUUCAAAAAUGCAUAUAUACCCAUUACUGAUUUGCAACAGUUUAGCGUUGUCACUUUUGUGAGAUUUAACAUACAGUAUCAGAGCUGUGUGCUUUCUUGGCAACAGCUGAAUGGUGAAAUGUGGAAUGAACAACCAAAUGGGUUUGAUGUGGGGCAGAGAAAUAUAUCAAUCCUUUUACUUUCAAAUAAUUUGCUGAAACAAAGUUAACAUGAAUGUGUCUAUUUGAAAUCCACUAACCUUGGUUUUGUGUAAUCUGUUCUGUUUCUGCUGGGGUGUUCCUUUCAUCCAUUUGUUGUCUAUUUACUGCAUAUGGAUUUCAUAUGCCGGGCAUUAAAUCAUUGAGGGAGGAUAUAUUGAUGUGAUACCUCAUGAGCCACUGUUUUGUAUGUCUGCUUUUUAGAUGAAAGUGCACAAUUAAAACUAUAUUGGUGAAUAAAUCAA